UUGCACGAAUCAACGAGCGAUUUAUUGUUGUUGCACGUAACGCACAAACACGGAACGUUACUCGCAUGCAACAGGCGACACCGCGUUGCCAAAGUUUCCUCUUGAUUAAUCGAUCGGAAAUUAUAACUACCGAUCCGAGGUAUUUACAAGGAAUUAAACGCGGCCGCGGUAGACGCGGCACGGAUGUAUCAAGAGAAUCGAAGAAACGAAGCGUAGAGGAGCGUGACGCAUUGGCGUAGAGCCGGCAAGGACAGUGGUCGCGUCUAGGGAAAAAUCGGGUGAAAAGUUUCGGGUGCACGCGCAAGGAAUAUGAAGCAAGCGGUGUAAUUACGCGAAGGUAGCGCGCGGCUUAGAAUCAAUACGAACGACGAUUACUUUACGACGACGGUUUCGUACCGGGAUCGUAAGAGAGAAAGCGUGAAGACGUGUGUACACACGCACCGUGUUAUACCGGCCGAGAUAUUUUUCGACUGGUACGGCAAAGGUAGGAGCGGAGCAAACGGACGGAGCGGAGAAAAGAGGAGAGCAGCACGGAGCUACGUGUGCCUUCAUGGGGUGUGCUUUCAGUGUGUUCGGGCGGGGUGUGAGGCAGUCGUUGCUGCCGCGUCGACUCAUGCAGCCGGUCUGUUAAAAAUGGCAGCGCCGCCCGAUUUUCACGUAUGGAAUAACAAUUGUUGGCUACGGCCGAGGAAGAAAUCCAGUUGACAUCCGGGCGCGGGCAGUUAGGAGUGGAUAGCGAGUACCGAACACGUGGCCCGUGAGGGAGCACCUAGUCUAGUUCGCUACUAGGUGCGUGUGUCGACUAGCUACACUCCUGGCGCACGUGCGUACGUGUGUUCCAUCGAGUCGUCGCGUACGGGUGCACGUGUGAGUGACAAAUGCGAGUGAAAGUGUCGGAGGCUAGUGACUUUUUUUCUUAUCGUCACGCGUUCCUCACAGACUUCUUGUAUUUUCAUUCGCGAAAGCUGUCUCUUGACACUUGAAACUUGACGUUUCGAAGCGUCUGUGUCGAUAUUGUCGCGAGUCUUCGAGUGUUUACCAUGUAAGUCCGCCGUCUCGUUUUCAUUUUAAAAUAAAAAUCGAUGAAGUGCUCGUAGCAUGUUGGACGAAGGGCCGACUCUUUUUUAUAAUUCGAUAAAUUAUUACGAUUCGUUCGAUGUGAAUUAACGCGUGAAUUAAAAGCUGGAUAAAUACGAAUUCGAAUGCUGUGGCGCCACCUGCGCGCUACGUCCCUGACGAGGGUCGUCUGUUGACUCUAGUGGUGUUUAUUCGCGCUUGCCUCUUCUCUCUCUCUUACACUGAGUCAUUUGUGUUUGGACGAUCGCGAAUUUUUCUGCAAUGUGACGGCAAAAUGAAUGAAGAUUAGCGUGAUGUCGGACCUGUGCACGCGCCUAAAAGUGGGUGCGCGCCUGGAUCUCGACUGGAAAGCUGGUGGAACGUCUUGAAACACGUCGAAAAUCAGCGUGAAAAUGCCGGCAACGCGACCGUACAGGUGCCCAUUGUUAUCCCUUGCUUUCACGUUUUUCGAUAAGACGAUGUGUCGACAGACUGCGAAUUCAGAUUCUUGAAAAGUAUCGUAAUUCGUGCUUUGUGCAGUUCAAGUGGCUUCGUCGCGGUGGGACUCGUGAAACGCGUUCUAACCACGGCAUAGGUUAGGUUACCGGCACAUAACCUUAAAGAUAUUCCAAUUAAUAUUGGAAUUAUUCAAUACGUGGGAAUUGAAACGUGACCGUUCUUGUGACCUCUUUUAAUUGAGAAUAAAGUGUGUCGGCGAGGAUUGACAAUUUUCACCAAGUGCUGACUCCUACAUAGUGGGUGAUCGGUGCAAUGGAAUGAGCUGGGUGAUCAUAAGACAAUGAAGGCCAAUGGGACAAACAAUGGCUGUAGCCGCCUAAACACGCCAUUGGCAGCCACUACCACACUGGAGGAUCCGGGAACACCAGCCUCUUGGAAGGGCCCGCCGCCCGGCUCGGAGGCAUCGCCCUUUACACCCAACUCCGUUGGCCAGGGUGGUGGCCCUGGCUCCGGUCCUUACAACAAUACAGGUGGUCCACCGAGUAAUGCGGCCUUCCAAGGCCCGAGCCCUUUCCCCGGUGGCGCUGGUAGUCCAGCCGGGGCGCCUCCUUAUCAAGGACCACCCCCUGGUUCCGCGACCCCUCAGUAUACUGCCUCACCAGCGCCUAGCGGCUCCUCGACACCUGGCCCUGGACCACCGCCCAACUCGUCGGGCUUCCCACCGCCACCCAAUAAUUCCGGGCCCCCGUAUAAUGGGCCCGGGCCGAGUCCAUUCGGCUCGCCGUCUGGCGGGCCACCGCAAUUCGUCGGCCGACCCGGUUCCUCGGGGCCGCCGUUCGUACCUCCGGGAGCGGGGAAUCCUCACUUUCCCUCGCAUGGUCAACCGUUUGGCGGACCCCAAUACGGUAUGCCACCUGGAAGCCCGUUUGGACCUGGUCACCCGAUGACAGGGCCUAUCGGGCCUGGACAUCCAGCGAUGAUGGGACCCGGUGGACCCGUCGACAGGAUGGACCAAGGGUGAGUCUUGAUUUUCGUCUCUCUGCGUCGACGCG